UUCAAUUUACCUACUUCCAUAAUUUCUAUCAUGUCGGGCAUAGAACAUCAGUUUAUUUUGGGGGCGUACAAAAAUUAAAAUACAUUGGAUAUUAUAAUAAAAGACUAUGAAUUAGACUUAAUACUAUAUAAACUAAUAAGUUAUUAACAAUGGCUCAAUCUACGUUUAGUGGAGUCGACGAAUAUGGUUUUGAAAGGCACGAUGACUUUGACUACGAUAGUUACGAGCACUUCAUGUCAGUGUAUUUGAAGGUUCUUGCAAUGAGAGCACAAAAAUGGUCCGUACUACUUGGUGAAGGAAAGUCGGUCAAACGUACUAACACCGUCAAACGAUAUGUUCGCAAAGGAAUUCCCAGCGAACACCGAUCGUCAGUAUGGAUGGCAAUAUCAGAAGCAGACAAAAUGAAGGACUUAAGCCCAGACCUGUACCACAAGAUAUUGGAUGGCCCAUUUGAAAAAGAGUUAGUCGAUCUUGUAAAGACAGACUUGCCGCGAACAUUCCCAGAUAAUAUAUUCUUUACUAAAGAAGCCAACCAUCAGACCCACCUAUUUAAUAUUCUUAUAGCUUAUGCUCAUAGCAACCGAGUGGUUGGUUAUUGCCAGGGUCUCAAUUAUAUUGCAGGUUUGUUACUUUUGGCUACUAAAAGUGAAGAGACAUCAUUCUGGCUGCUGAAAGUUCUAGUAGAGAAGAUUCUGCCAGACUACUAUACAAAAACGAUGGACGGCCUGAUUGUGGAUAUUGAAGUGCUGUCUGAGCUGGUCAAGACCAAGGUACCUGAUGUGCAUCAGCAUGUUAUUAAUCUGGGUCUUCCCUGGGCCGUUAUAACCACCAAAUGGUUUGUGUGUUUGUUUGCGGAGGUUCUGCCUAUUGAGACCGUCCUGCGGAUAUGGGACUGCCUCUUCUAUGAGGGCUCUAAAAUCCUGUUCAGAGUGUGUUUGACCCUUAUCAAAUCUAAUAGAGCAUCAAUACUGGCCUGCCAUGACUUCACCACGCUGGCAGAAUGUUUCAAAGCGAUCGUAAAAAAUGCCAGUGCGUUACAUUGCCAUGAGUUUAUGCAGUCAAUUUUCAAAGUACCUGGAACGUUAUCGAACACCACCAUCGCGAAAUUACGGGCGCGCUUCGCCAAGCAGCGCCGGGAGCAACAACAAAAGGAGCCCCGGUGAACGCCCAAUAGACUGACUUGAUCUCAAGCUUACCAUCGUAUCGAUGCAAUAAACCACAUUUGUACUACUUAACUCCUGAAAACUUAUCACGAUACCUUUUUAGAUUUAUAAUAUUUUUCGGGCGAAUUCUAAAUUAUUCAAACACUCUACUAACCCGCGAACACAAAAAGCUAUAAUAUGUAUAAGUUGUGACAAAAUAUCUAAGUAAACACAUGACAUUUAAUGUAACCUGAUAAAAAAUGGAAAUGUUAAACAAUUAACAUGUAAAAGGUUAUACACAUUCUAAAUAAUAUUGUGAAAUGCUUUUUGCUUUGUAAGAUAUUUGUUUUUAUGAAUUAUAUCAUUUGACAAUGGAUAUACACAUAUUAGUUAUUGUGCUAGAGUCUAUUGAUAUUUACAUCAGUUACUAUUUUUUGUAGUAAAGCAUGACCUUGGAAAUACAUAAUUUUGAACAAAUAUUUAAAUUAUGAACAAGACAAUUAAACCCGACUACAGAUUAUAAUGCUCACUGUUUUAUAUUUUUGGAGUAUUUCUUAUUUUAUUUGAUUUUGAGACUUUUUUUGUGUGUGAUUUAGCUAUAAUAUUUUUCUAGAAAAUAUAUUUUAUUCCUUCAUACAUAUAUACAUCAUACAUACAUAUAUAUAUUAUAGUAAACCUGUUUACUGCGGGAAUAAGCAGAGAACAUAUCGUUAUAUAGUCGGGUAAAAAUGACGAACACAUGACGGUAUUAGUAUAAUGCUGUGCAUUAUUAUAAGUUUUUAAUAAGUUUUAAGUUAAUAUUGAUGUUUGCAUAGCAUUGCAUUAUUUCAUUGUGCUGUAUUAUUAUUUAUUGUUAUCAAUUAUAUCGAGAAUGGAUGCUCUUUAUAAUAUAAAGAUGGGUAAAUUUACGAAGUUUUGACAACACUAUUAGUAUUUUUGUAGGCAAAGCCUAUACAUAAAUACAUGUUUUAUGAAAACUAGACACACAUGGAUCAAAUCAAUAUCAGUAGGAAACUAGCACGUAAUUUCGUUGUUGUAGUAUUUUGGUUAUUGCUUUGGACCCUUUGAUCGUGUAGUUGCCUGAGUGAAAUAUAUAAAAUGCAUAAUGAAACACGAUAAAUGCAUAUAAACAGGUCAAUUUUAUUUUAGUAUAUGUAUUUUAGUUGUAAUUGAAGUUUUUAUCAAAUAUUUAUUUGGCACAUUUUUUUUACUCUGUUACUUGUUCUCAUUGUCAUACAAGCUACAAAUCUUUAUGACAUUUGGAAAAAAGAAUCUGAUUUGACUCGAUGGCAACUACAAUAUUAAGUCAAGCUGAACAAAAUAGUUUUUUUACAAAUACCUUCGAUAGAAAUGGCAACAGGUGGUUGAGACAAAAAUGGUAUUUUGACCAGCUGUGUGACCUAGUAAAUAGUUUAAAAAUCCUACCUAUUUGCAAUGGUCACACGGUCAGUGUGUGACCAUUCAUGAAAAUUUAUAUAAACUAAUUUCUUCUGAAUUAAAAACCAAAAACGAGAUGGAUUUCUUAUGUGAUGCUGAUUCCAGUCACAAUUAUCUAAGUUUGUAGGUGGAUUUGUGGCUCAUUUAAUAUAGAUUCACAAUGCCAAAGACGGGAACUAUACAACUACACAUCGGUGGCAUAUGCAAUAAUUUUUUGAUUAUUUUUAUUUGCAGCUUUUUUUUAUUCUCCACCUUUCUUGGCAGUAGUGUGACUGAUCUAUUGUCUAUAUAGUUCUAUCUUUACAAAGUUAAUAAUGUUGUACAUUUGCACUGUUGACAAUAAGCAUUACAUAUCCUCAUGCAUUGGUGUUAUAUUUUAUAGUUAUUGCUCAAUGUAAUAUUUUGGCAGAUUAUUUUUAGAUUUGCUUCUUAAAGGCAAAAUUAUUUAUAAUGGUAAAGUAAAAGGCCUCCAAAAUACGUCACCUUGGCUUGUUAAGAUAUAUGUGGAUUUAAAAGCAGUCAAUUUCAUAACUAAGCAACUUUAUUUCAGAGGAUAAAAUUAUAUAUUUUGAUCAUAAUUGGUAGAAACUAGUUUUACAAUUUAAAAUGAUAAAUCCUGGCAACAAAAAUGAAUAUUCCAUGAUACUGGUAUUCAAAUAAAUAAUUUUAAUUCCAUGUGUAUGACUAGUGUUUUAUGGUGUUCGUGAUGUGUGGCUGUCAGCGCCGUAAGUCUGGAGAGGGCUUAAAAAAAAUUGGAAUUAUGUACAAUUAUUCUGAAGGUUUCUAUUAGAAUAUUUUAUAGGGUUUAUUAAUUAAUGAUAGCCUAGCAUAUAUCCUUUACAUGUCUUGGGUAGUUUCAUAAUUUUCUAUGUAUAAAGACCUUUUAGACAAACUUUUAGAUUUUAGAAUGUAUUUUUGUAAAAUCCAUUUUUUAUAGAUGGCUCCCUUGUAUUCUUGGUGUCAAUGUGCUGUGAAUUAUCUUUAUGCUGAUUGUGAACUACCUGUGUCCCAUUGGAGUAUUGCCAUAAUACCUAAAUGUUUUAAUAUUCACUGUAACUAAAUAGAUUAUUGAGAUGUUAAAAA